CUCCCUCCCUCCCUUAAAACCCUCAUUUCUUCUUUCUCACUUUCCAGAAACUUCAAUCAAUCUCUCUCCUCUUUUUGAAUCUUCUUCUUCAAGCCUCAAUGUCGGAAAUCACAGACAACGGAGCUCCACAUCCAGAGGGGGGAGAAUCGUUCAUGGAGAAGAUCGCUGAGAAACUUCACUUCCAUGACAGUCACGAUCAAGAGAAGAAGCACGAGGAGGAAGAGAAACACGAAGAAAAGAAGCAUCACGAUUCAUCAUCGUCUUCCUCUUCUUCUUCCUCAGAUUCCGAAUCUGAUAAGCCUAAAAAGACGUCGUCUCCCUCUGCUGCCGCUGCUGCUGUUUCUUCUGCUCAAGCUAAGAUCAAUCGUCUUUUUGGCCGUGAGAAACCUGUUCACAAAGUUCUCGGCGGUGGAAAACCUGCUGAUGUAUUCCUGUGGAGGAACAAGAAGAUCUCAGCCACUGUAUUGGGAGGAGCUACUGCGAUCUGGAUUCUGUUUGAGUUGAUUGGAUACCAUCUGCUCACUCUCGUUUGCCACCUCUUGAUUUUCUCACUUUCAGUCUUGUUUUUAUGGGCGAAUGCUUCCACUUUUAUUAACAAGUCAUCGCCACCUCAUAUUCCAGAGGUUGCUCUACCAGAGAAGCCUAUCCUUGAGAUUGUUGGUGCCCUUAGGGCUGAGUUGAAUCGAGGACUCUCGGUAUUGCACGAUGUUGCUACUGGAAAAGACUUGAAGAAGUUCCUCGCUGUCAUUGCAGGAUUGUGGUUUUUGUCAAUUGUGGGCAAAAGUUGUGAUUUCUUGACCCUCUUCUAUAUUAACUUCGUAUUGUUGCACACCGUCCCUGUUCUCUACGAGAAGUACGAGGACCAUGUUGAUGCUUUCGCAGAGAAGGCGAUGGGUGAGGCCAAGAAGCAUUACGGUGUGGUGAAUGAGAGGUACAUAAGUAAGAUUCCGAGAGGACCUUUGAAGAGCAAGAAGGCAGAAUAGAUAUGUUAAAACAAGCCUUAAUCCACAAACAAGUGUUAGGUUUCCUAACUCUUGACAUACCCAAAGGGGCUACUCACCUUUGGCGUUUUCAUUUUGGCUAUUUGCAUUUGACUUUUGGGGGCCUUAGAAGUGUUAUUGCUGGGUUUAGAUUAUUGGAGUUGCCAGUUUUUGUAAGCUUUGUGGGCGUUGCUUUGUUCUUGGUUAUUAACAAUUAUGGCACAGUAGAGUUACCUAAUCUUGUUUAUUCGUGGAUAUGGUUCUCUUGGCUUUGAUAGGUAAUAGGUUUUGCUAGAGUUUAUUUGUGAUGUAUUAGUCACAUAACAUUGGUCUUUUGUUACCCGUGCUAAGCAAAAUAUAUACUCCGUACAAUUGAUUUUGGUACUUGCUUAUUAA